CGUCUACUACACAGACCAAACACUAAUUGAUAUAUAGCUGGUUGUAGAACUAGCUGGAGCACUCUGUAUCAGCAAUCACAUGCUUGAAGAGGGACCAUUUGCUUUGCUUGAAGUGCGAGGCGAAGGCACCGUGGGAUGGUCAGGCCUACAAAGCAUGCACCCAAGUAGGCACCAGCUUCGUCAGAGAUCUCGCGCGAGGAGAAGACAAGAUGAGCUCGAGUGUGCAGCAGAAGAGGAGGAGCAGCAGCUCGUUUUUGGCCCUCGGUUGCGUCUGCACCGACUCCACUUCGGUCUCGGUGUCGAGCAGCUUCGGCAGUAGAUCUAACAUGACUCUGCGAUCCCCACGGAGCAUCAAGGAGUUGUCCUCCGCGGACACCCUCACAAUGACCUCCGCAUCGUCGUCCUCCUCCUACGCGGAGCACCCGGAGCCGAAGACGGAGAGGUCGGCGAGCACGCCUAGCUUCUCCGAUCUUCUGCGCCAGCUCAACGCCAUCGACGAUAAGAGGGAAGAGAGGAUGAGGAAUUGGCGGAGCAGCAGCCGAGGCGGGAAAAGAGUGGAGGAGAGCGUGGUGGUGGUGAAGGAGACGGUGGAUCCGCUGGGUGAAUUCCGGAGGUCGAUGCUGCAUAUGAUCGUCGAGAAGGAAAUCAUGGACGGUGCGGAGUUGAGAGCGUUGCUCCGCCGGUUUCUUGCGCUCAAUUCGCCGCGCCACCACGGCAUGAUCCUUCGUGCAUUCGCAGAGAUAUGGGAAGAGGUGUUCUCCGGCUACGACCGAACCCCCGACCUCCUCCUCCGUAGGAGCCAUUCCAGGCUUCCACCUCGUCUGCACUUGUGAGAAGCUGCAGCAUCGCCAUUCAAUGGCGACGCAUUAUGUACAUCUCUUCUCCUCUAUCCUUGUCGAUGCUGUAGAUGCCGCUGGUUGCAGUCCUGCCUGCUUCUUCUUCUCAUUGCUACGACUCGUCACUGUGUGUUGGAGCACAAAUAAUUAAUUGCCAUGCGUUAACUCUAUUUCCUUGA